AGAAAAUACUCGUGACGUCGUGAUUACGCGCUCGCUUAUAAAUUGCUGGUGCCGCGUCAGGCGCCAUCUUAUUUCGUGAAAAGAGGCCGACAAUCGCGCACCUUUGCUGAGUGUUCUACUAUUAAGUCUACAGAAGUAAAGCUAAGUUAACAAAAUGGCAAAAGCACCUGCGGUAGGUAUUGAUCUGGGUACCACAUACUCGUGUGUGGGCGUGUUCCAACACGGGAAAGUGGAGAUUAUCGCCAACGACCAGGGCAACAGGACUACGCCCUCAUAUGUUGCGUUCACGGACACCGAACGUCUCAUCGGCGAUGCCGCUAAGAACCAAGUGGCGAUGAACCCCAACAACACCAUCUUCGAUGCCAAACGACUUAUUGGUCGUAAAUUCGAGGAUGCCACUGUACAAGCUGACAUGAAGCACUGGCCAUUUGAAGUGGUCAGUGAUGGAGGCAAACCAAAGAUUAAGGUAGCAUACAAAGGUGAAGACAAAACCUUCUUCCCUGAGGAAGUAAGCUCAAUGGUUCUUACAAAAAUGAAGGAAACAGCCGAGGCUUACCUCGGCAAAACGGUGCAGAAUGCAGUAAUCACGGUUCCAGCAUAUUUCAAUGACUCUCAAAGACAGGCCACAAAAGAUGCGGGUACCAUCUCUGGCUUAAACAUCCUUAGAAUCAUCAAUGAACCGACUGCUGCAGCGAUUGCGUAUGGUCUUGACAAGAAGGGGACUGGAGAACGUAACGUCCUUAUUUUCGAUCUCGGCGGUGGUACCUUCGAUGUUUCCAUCCUGACCAUCGAGGAUGGUAUCUUCGAGGUAAAGUCCACAGCCGGUGACACUCACUUGGGAGGCGAGGACUUCGACAACCGUAUGGUUAAUCAUUUCGUCCAGGAGUUCAAGAGGAAGUACAAGAAAGAACUUACCACCAACAAGCGGGCACUCCGUAGGUUAAGAACUGCUUGCGAGAGGGCGAAGAGAACUCUUUCAUCAUCAACUCAGGCUAGCAUUGAAAUCGAUUCUCUCUUUGAGGGUAUUGACUUCUACACCUCUAUCACCAGGGCUCGUUUCGAAGAAUUGAACGCUGAUCUGUUCAGAUCUACAAUGGAGCCUGUUGAGAAGUCUCUUCGCGACGCCAAAAUGGACAAAUCUCAAAUCCACGACAUUGUACUUGUCGGUGGAUCUACUCGUAUUCCCAAGGUUCAGAAGCUCCUUCAAGACUUCUUCAAUGGUAAGGAGCUCAACAAAUCCAUCAACCCUGACGAGGCCGUCGCUUAUGGUGCUGCAGUUCAAGCUGCUAUUCUGCACGGCGACAAGUCCGAGGAGGUCCAAGACCUACUUCUGCUUGAUGUCACCCCCCUGUCGCUCGGUAUCGAGACUGCUGGUGGUGUUAUGACAACUCUCAUCAAGCGUAACACUACCAUUCCCACCAAGCAAACUCAAACCUUCACUACCUACUCUGAUAACCAACCUGGAGUACUCAUCCAAGUAUUUGAGGGUGAGCGUGCGAUGACGAAGGACAAUAACCUCCUCGGUAAAUUUGAAUUGACUGGUAUUCCUCCCGCGCCACGUGGGGUUCCUCAAAUUGAGGUAACGUUCGAUAUCGACGCAAACGGUAUCUUAAAUGUAUCCGCCGUCGAAAAAUCCACCAACAAGGAGAACAAAAUCACUAUCACCAAUGAUAAGGGUCGUCUCUCCAAGGAGGAGAUUGAGCGCAUGGUCAACGAGGCUGAGAAGUACAGAAACGAGGAUGAGAAGCAGAAGGAAACCAUUCAGGCUAAGAAUGCUCUGGAAUCUUACUGCUUCAACAUGAAGUCCACGAUGGAAGAUGAGAAGCUUAAGGAUAAGAUUACUGAUUCCGACAAGCAGACCAUUUUGGACAAAUGUAAUGAUACCAUCAAAUGGCUCGACUCCAACCAGCUCGCUGACAAGGAAGAAUACGAGCACAAGCAGAAGGAAUUGGAGGGCAUCUGCAAUCCGAUUAUCACGAAGAUGUACCAGGGUGCCGGUGGAGCACCGGGAGGAAUGCCAGGAGGUAUGCCAGGUGGUAUGCCGGGCUUCCCUGGCGGAGCGCCCGGAGCCGGUGGUGCAGCUCCCGGAGGCGGUGCUGGCCCCACUAUCGAGGAGGUUGAUUAAACACUAUACAUUCCAAAAUUCUUCACAAUUAAGAUCUAAUGCUAUUGUGGUGUUGUAACGCCUCUGAAAUACAAAUGCAAAUAAAAAAAAUAACUA